GUCCUACGCCUGCGUCAUUAGUGCGACGAAAUUCUGAUGCUAAACAAACCAAACACGGAUGUUUUGAUAACAUCUUUUAAUAAUGGAGUUGGAACAGACGAAAGAAGACAGUGCUCCAACCCAGCCAACACCCACACCUCCCUCUCAGUCAAAGAGGCCAAGUCAGGCUCUGUACGUUCCCAAACAACGACUUCAUGCCUCCAAAGACAAAGCUCAGACUCAGGGAGAAGUUAAGCCGAGACCCAGGCCUCGCUACACAGACAAGGCACGAAAGAACGCUAAGAACAAGAAGGACAAGGCUGGAGGGGAAGAUAAUGCGGGACCUGUUGGAGGAGAAGGUGGAGGUCAGAUACAGAACAGUGACACUAAGCCUGAUGUAAAGAAGGAAGGGAGGCUACAGGAUACAGAUGUGCAGGUUAACGGGCAGCCUGAGUCGACCAGUGUGGAGACAGAUGUUACCUCAGGGCUGGAAGCAACAUCCCCUCAGGAGGAAAAUGGGGAAGAGGAGAGCUGGGACACUUUGUUCAACGAUGAUGGAGAUUGUUUGGAUCCGCACCUGCUUGAAGAGCUGGCUUUGAAAGAAGGUAGAAAGAAGGAGUCAGUCCAGGAGCCCAGGUUCGAUUACUACAACAUGAACCGAGAUGAUGAUGGCGACGAAGACGACGACAUCGAUCUCAGAGAGGAUGAACUCUCACACAUUGUAGAGAUCUAUGACUUUCCUACGGAGUUCAAGUCAGAGGACCUUCUCAAGUUAUUUCAGUGCUACCAACAAAGAGGCUUUGACAUUAAAUGGAUUGAUGACACACACGCUCUGGGCCUCUUCUCAAGCCCCAUAGCAGCCCGUGAAGCUUUAAGAUCCAAACAUCCACUGAUGAAGUUGCGACCACUCUCCAAAUCCUCCUCUGCCACAAAAGCCAUAGCCCGUAGCUGCUCAGACUACCUCCUGCCGGCUAAAGAGAGACCUCAGACGAGUGCAGCACUGGCUCGCAAGCUCGUGAUUGGUGCCCUUGGUGUAAAGAGCAACCUGACGAAGGAGCAGCGCGAGGCAGAGAGGAGGAAACUCCAGGAGGCGAGAGAACAAAAGCGCCUGGCAGCCAAACAGAGGGAAGAUGCUUGGGAGGGGAACUGACCAGACAGAAAACAACCCCCCCUUUGUCUGUAAGAUUCCUUGAUUCAGCAGAGGUUAGGGACUUCUCUGUUUCUUCUCCUGCUCUGUUUUUCUCAAUUGGCCACUCCUUCCUACCACCACACUUCCCAGAAAUGGAUUCCCACCAAAUUUUCCUUCCUCCUGCCACUGUCCCUUAGCCUGCAGUGUUACCUCAGAUGAGAGCAUCCUACCACUUCCCUCUCCUUUAUAUUCUUGCUUUCUUUGUUCAGGGAUCAGUCUCUCAUAUGGACUUGUUUUCAUAUCUGUAACACUGUAACUGUAAGGUCUGUACUGAAGCACUGAGCCUAAUCAUUUGUAAUUCAUUGAAAGGAUUAUUUUCUGUAUAGAUCCAGACCAUCAAGUUUGUCAUUAUAUAUAUUUUAAAAAAUGUUUUUAAAGAUGACCCAAGUAAAUCCGCCUGUAAACGUAAGGGCAGCAAGGUUUUCUGUUAAAGAUCACGCCUCUCUUAAAUUCAGUCAUGACAAUACAGUACUUUAUUGUAUAUGAAGACAUUGUUGAAAUUUGAUUAUGUUUUAAUGGUUUGAAUUAAAUGUUGUGUUAUAUGCAAAAAAAUGCAGCAUUGUUUACAAUUUAAGGCCGCGGAACUUAAUUAAACUUUGACCUUUCUUUUAAACCUUCAUGUCAGGUCCAUUUGCAGCAUUUAAACUGUGUUGUGUCCCUCUCUGUACACAUUUUCAAUGGGGGGAUUCAUUUGUCCAAAGAGAACUAAUGAUGAUGAGGAUGAUAAUAAGUGUAAUAAUAGGUAAUGUUUUUUUUUUAAUCCAUUUUGGGGACAAAAAAUGUCAACAGGGAUAAUUCUCUCUGUCCUGGACACAGAAACCCGUCACCAUCUUUCUAGCCAGAUGGAUUAAAGCAGGAAGCAUCUGUAAGCCAGGGGGAAAUAGGGUGAACACUGAGAACUUGGAGGAGUCUUCAGUAACAGUAGUGUAGAGCAUCCCAUUGUUGUAUCCCGCAGUUGUCCAUACCCCAAAGCAGAGCAGCAACAGUCUAGCAUCGGGUAUGUAGUUCUGACAAAGCAGUGAGACUCCCAGCUUACCCUUCAAAUCCCUUCAAAUCCCUUUCUAACUAUAUUUUCAAUCAUUCAUCUAACAGCUUUUUAUUUUUUAAGAGACACAGUGAAGAUCGUCAUUAUUACAGUUUAUGUAGCUAGUACAUUUAAAAAACUAAAUCCUGAAAAAUUUGUAGUAUGGGUUCUUAAAGUGGCUGCACAAUCACUGAUCCAGGGUCUGUAAACUUGAAUAAAGCUGUUGAGCAGAUAUUGUA